CCCGCCUCGGCUCUCGAUGGUCCCUCUGUCCGGCGGUUCUUGGCGGCUGGCGCGGCUGUUCACGACGGCGGCUCCCCCUGGACGGCUCGCGAGCGGUUUGCGCGUCUCCCGACAGACAUUGGCUGCCCUCGGCGUCGGUCGAACGUGGCAGCGGCCCCACUUCGCUGGUCUCCGACGGCGUCGCCGGCGUGGCAUACGCGGAUGCCGCUCGUGGUCAGGGACAGCAGGGUUCUCGGUUGCUUGAGGAGGCGUCGUCGGAAUCGCUCAGCAGCACAAGGUCGUUUCAGUCGCGCGCUCAUCUCGCCGGAAGAGUUGAAGCUUCAGGUCGCCGGAAUUGUUGCUGGGCUGCGACGUAGAAAGGAUGAGGCUCGCUGUUGCUGCUUGUUUCUACCGAGAAGGGAGAGAGACGACGGGAAUUUUGAGGAGGAAGGAGAUGAGGGGCGAUUUGCAGAGUUCUGGAACGGGAAGAAGAAAUGA